UUUUUUGAGGUUAUCUGUCGAAUUUGGCAGGUCGAUUAGCAGAUCAGAAAAAAUGAAAGGUGAAUCGGACGAUGGGCUGGGCGACGAGUUCGCAGAGGAUCAGAGCAAGUUUAUACCGCGCGAGGUGGUGAUCGAGGAGCUGCCCGACAGCGAGGACUCAGAAGGCUCCAGGUCGUCGUCGGACGACGAGGGGCGGAGCGAGCGGCCGCGAUCCGAAAUCCCGCCCGAGUACUGGCAUAUUCAGAAGCUGGUCAAGUACCUGAAGACGGGCAACCAGACGGCCACCAUUGUGGCGCUUUGCUGUCUGAAGGACCACGAUUUGACCACCGAGAUCAACCAGCUGGCCAUUCAGGAAAUCGGCGGCUUGGAGCUGCUGAUCAACCUGCUGGAGACCAAGGAUCUGAAAUGCAAGCUGGGCGCUCUGAGCGUGCUCACCGAACUGUCUCAGAACGGGGACAUCCGCAAAUACAUCGCCAACUUGGGCGGCAUGGCGCUUUUGGUGCGCAACCUCACAGAACCGGCGCGCGACCUGCAGAUUCUGGUCGCCGAAACCAUCUACAAUGUGGCGCAAGUGAAGAAGGCGCGCAAACACAUCCGCCAGUGCCGGGGCAUCUCCAAGCUGGUGGACUUCCUGGACUGCAGCGAGCUCCAUCUGGCCACGCCCAAAGACAAACUGGACGAGGACGCCACCGCGUCCGUUGCGAUGGUGAGCGCAGCGGCGCGCGCCCUCUGGUCAGUGUCGCGCAGCCGCAAAAACAUCCAGGUCAUGAUGAAGAGUGGGGCGGUGCCGCUGCUGGCGCGCCUGCUCCGAUCCGUCCACAUGGACGUGGUCAUCCCCACCAUUGGCACGAUAUCGCAGUGCGCCACCGAUCCCUGCUACCAGCUGGCCAUCCAGACCGAGGGCAUGGUGAGCGACAUUGUGCGCCAUCUUUCCGCCGACGAGUCGCCGGCGCUGCGCCGCUUCUGCGCCGAAACGAUCUACAAGUGCUGCGCGAAGGCGGCCACCCGCGAUAUGGUGCGCCAGUCGGGCGGGCUCGAUCCGCUGGUCAACAUGGCCAAGAAUCCGGCCACCAAGCUGGACAAGGCGCUGCUGGCCGCCGUCACUGGCGCCAUCUGGAAGACGGCUGUCAGCCCUGAGAACGUCGAGCGGUUCGAUCAGCUCAAAACCGUUGAGGUGCUGGUCAAGCUGCUGGAGAACGUGGAGGAGGACGAGCGGGUGCUGAGCAACGUGGUGGGGGCGCUGGGCGAGUGUCUAAAGUUCGAACAUAACCGCAACAGUUUGCGGCGCGCCAAUGGGAUCCCCCACCUGGUCAAUUUGCUCAACUACACCUACCCGCCGCUGCUCGAGAAUGUGCCGAUGGUGUUGCGCGAGUGCGCCGAAGACGACGAGUCGAUGAGAGAGAUCGAGCGAUUGGACGGCGUCCGUCUGAUCUGGUCGCUGCUGAAAAACGACUCGCCGCAGGUGCAGGCGAACGCCGCCUGGUCAUUGGUGCCCUGCAUCCGACACGCCACUGACUCAGGGGAAAUGGUGCGCUGUUUCGUAGGCGGCCUUGAGCUGAUUGUCAAUUUGCUCAAGUCGCCCGACAGUCACGUGCUGGCCUGCGUGUGUGCUGCCAUCUCGGAGGUGGCCAAGGACAUUGAGAACUUGGCUGUCAUCACCGAUCACGGCGUCGUCCCGAUGUUGGUCAACCUGGUGGAGACCGAUGACGUCGAGCUGCGCCAACACUUGGCCUCGGCCAUCGCCUACUGCUGCGCGUGGGGCUCCAACUGCAAGGAAUUUGGCAGAUUGGGCGCCAUCACGCCAUUGGUUCAGUACAUGGCGGACGGGGAACCGGCCGUGCAUCGAACCACCGCCCUCGCCCUCUUCCACCUGUCGAAGAACCCGUUCAACUGCAUCACAAUGCACGAGAGUGGCGUGGUUCCGUUUCUGCUCAAGGCGGUCUCUGCCACCGACUGGAAGCUGCAGGAGGCGGCCGCCGGCUGUUUGGCCAACAUCCGCAAGCUGGCGCUCGAGGCGGAGACGGUGCAUUUGGUGCGGAACCCGCCCGACACGGACGACGACGCCGACUGAUUGUGUGAACUGCCAUGACGUCACGGUCACUACUGGCUGAAUUAAAGGUGGUUGUGGUCGA